AAGAAGACUGAAUAAGCGCAGUUCAUCAGAGUAGAAAGUCAUUGUUUAUUCCCGAUUAAAACACUCACUUGGGUGUUGAAAAAAAAUUGUUCCAACUGAUACACAUUCGGUAGUACGAACAGAUAGUUCUUAUGCUUGACGCAGUUACGCCCAUCUGUCCUAAUUAACCUAACCUCACUUCAUUACAAAUACUUUUUAUUAUUAUGGCAAGUAAUAACACCUCUGCCGUUUUAGACAUAGUAGUGGAGAGUAAAGAAAUUUCGUCAAUUUUAAAAGAUUACGACCGCUCAAGCAUAUGUAGCGGCUCAACCAUUGAUAAUUCUCUUGUGCAAUCACCCAGCCUGGAAAGUUUUUCAACAAUCCAAGACAUAGAAAACUUAUCCGAGCUAAACAUGGACGAAAACUCCGACCUGAGUGUUAAAAUAGACAAUCCUCAGAAGCACCUCGAGACGCUUGAAACCUACAUCACCUUCAGAAUAACAACAAAAGUCGCGCGUAUCGAAUACUCGGAGAACGAAUACGUCGUCCGCAGACGCUACAACGACUUCAUUUGGUUGCGUCAGAAGCUAACCGAAUGCCACCCUUUUUGCAUAGUCCCUCCACUGCCCGGCAAGCACUCGCUCAUAGGCCAACUAGAUAGGUACUCGAAAGACUUCAUCCUACUGCGGAUGAAAGCUUUGAAUGUUUUCGUUUCGCGCAUCGUUAAUCACCCGAUUUUGAGCUGCAAUGAGCAUUUCAAGACGUUCCUCACAGCCAAACAACCCGACUUCAAUUUACACCGCCGACAACGAACCAACUCAGAGAACAAGAUCCGCACCUUAAGCCAUUCCAACUCGACUCACAGCGCGCUGAAAAACCGCCACUUGGAGUUCGACAAAACCAAAUCGUACUUAACCGUCUUAUCCGAGAAGCUGUCCUCAAUCGAGAAAAUUUCUAGUCGUAUUAAUAAAGAGCGCAUCGAUUUUAUCGUAGAGCUGAACAGUUACCACCCGAUUUUCACAACGUGGGCCACUAGCGAGCCCGAACUGGCCGCGCUGUUGCAGAACAUCGGGUGCGCUGUGGAGCGCAAUACCGCCGCUCAGAACAUGCUAGUCCAGAGUUACCCCACGGUUAUCGGUAACCCGAUCCGCGAUUUCCUCACUUACAUUGACGUGGUCCAAGACACCAUAAAGAAGCGCGAGGCUUAUCAGUGCGCGUACGAGAACUCGUUGGAGGAGUUGAACAAGCGUCACAGCGAGAAAGAUAAGCUGAUUGCGUCGUCACAUAAUCCGUCCCAAGCCGCCGGCUUUUCGCUCUGGAAGCAGCCGAGCUGCGACGAGAAGCUGGAGAAGUUAGGCGUUUACAUUCCGCAGUUGCUGAAGAAGGUCGAGGCGAACCAGGACAGUCUGGAGUGCGCUAACGAGUCGCUCAGGAGCGACAUUGAACACUGGCAGCUCGAAAAGCAACAAUGUCUUAAAAAGAUUUUGCUUGAUUUUGUUAACAAGCAAAUUGAGUACUACCAAGCCACUGUCAACGCUUGGGAGCACGUCACUAGCGAAAUUGCGCCACAAAACAACGUGGCCGUGUCCAAAUGAUAUAAAAAGUACUUGUAGAUCUCACUGUACAUUCCUAACUUAUUUAACUUAAUUUAAUAUAUUUAAUAAAAUGCUCGAGUCAAA